AGAGUGUAUUAAAAAGACUCUGAGAUGAGCCGCAAGCGAAAGACAUCCCAUAUGAGGAAUCAUGAGUUAGAAAAUGAAAGGUCGACCAGAAAAUCAGCCAGACUUAACAAUCCUCACAGUAUUAAUCAUUCAAAAUCUAAGAUCUUGGAAAGAAAAAAGAUUACAAAACUUCAAAGGAAUAUAAAAACUUGUCCAGGUUUGGGAAGCUGUGUGUUGUUUCAAAUAGUGUGAUACACUGUUGAAAGCGAUAUCAACCAUGUGACAUUUUGUUUUUAUAGUGUUUACCCGCAGUAGAGGAAUAUUAAUCAGCUGUGACAUGUAUAAUUGUUCUAAGCCUCAUGAAUCCACUGGUACAGAUGAAAAUACCACUGAGAAUAAUAGUGAUCCAGAUAGAAGUAUUGUUAAAACUUUAACAUACUCAAGUUCAGAUAGCAAUGACUGUAAAAGUAACAUGUUUAAUAGCUCUAAGGUAAAUUUUGAUUUCAUUAAAUUCUGCUUGUCAUUUAAUAAAGUAAAAGAGUGCAGUAUCCUGUUAGCUUGAACGUGAUAUUUUUGCUUUUUAGGCAUUAAGUCACAGUUAUGAUCAAAGCCAGUUACAUAAUAGGAAAAAUGUUGAUGAUGAACAAACCUAUGAAAAAGGUACUGUGUGCAAGAUGCUAGCAAUCGUUUUUUGUUGAUAUUAUUUUUUCUUGUUCAAUAUUUUCCCCAACUUUCACAUACAUUUUAACAGCACGUACAGAAACGUCACACAAAGCUAGCUUGAGAAGUGUUACAAACCAAGCAAGUUACAAUUUACGAAGGAGAAGUCCGCGAGCUGCGGAGAGCGGUAAUGAAACAUCGAGCAGUGCUACUCUGAGAUGUGUAACAAAUCAAAAUGAUCACAGUUCUAGAAAAUGCCCUCGAAUUGUGGAGAGCGAUGGUGACACACCGAACAACGCUCUCUUGAGAAAUGUGACCAAUCCAAAAAGUAACAGAAGAAGUCCCCGAAUUGUGGAGAGCGAUGGUGAAACACCGAACAACGCUCUCUUGAGAAAUGUGACCAAUCCAAAGAGUAAUAGAAGAAGUCCUCGAAUUGUGGAGAGCGAUGGUGAAACAUUGAACAACGCUCUCUUGAGAAAUGUGAUCAAUCCGAAAAGUAACAGAAGAAGUCCCCGCUUUGCGGAGAGUGAAACAUCGAACAUCGGCGAAGAGAAAAUCAUCGCGAAGAAAGCGCAGAAAACAAAAGUCAAGGAAGCGAAAAAUGAAAGUAACAGAAAGCCGUCCGUUGUUGACCCGCACAAGCCUAAAGUUCAGGCAUUGAAACAAUAUGCCUGCAUCAUGCCUUCUUCCAUUAUCGAAGAUCAGGAAAAAGACGUGAAAAAAGCGAAAGGUGAAGUCUUCAUAAUAAUUUGAUACUUCGUAUUGUUCAUAUUAGUGGUAUAUAAUGUAAAUCUUCAUAUAUAUGUAAAUGUUCGUAUAAUGUAAAUGUAAUUAAUAUCAUUUAACAAUUUUUGAAUGAGGUUGAGCGUGAUAUGAAGAAUUAUCAAGCCCGAAGUUUGUGUUGUAGGAAGCCAUUUGUGUUUUGACACAAUUCCUCACUUCUUCGGCAGUCAUCGUUAGCAUGACGUCGUAGCGUUUAAUAUUAGACAUAUUUAGAUCGGGGACGCGGACGCCAAAGACGACGUGAAAAUGGCGUGCUGUGCCCAUGUCUGGACAUGCCACGCCAUUUUUACGUCAUUUUCAUGUCGUCUUCGACGUCCGCGUCCUCGAUCUAAAUCUGUCUAUUAUUUUUUCAUAUCAUCGUUAUGACGUCACUUCGUUGAAUAUUAUGUCAAAACUCCAUAUUUAGUACAUUGAACUGUUUUUUGGGGAGAACAAGUUAAUAUGUCUCGCAAAGCUGUGGAUCCAUGACUCGAGAUAUUUAUCAGAGCAAAUUAUAUAAAACAAGACUUAAGUUUCGUGUUUGUUUCUGCAGGGCGGCUCAAGUAUGAGCGGGUCAUGAGAAUUGAAUCUUGUCGUACACGUCACGACAUCUUUGCGGAACAAACACGGCAAAUUGCAUUCCAUUUUGGAUGUCAAAAGUGUACGCAUAAUUUUAUAAUAACUGGGUUUCGACUUGCUGAAAGAGUAGUGGAAGAUACACUUAUUUUCAAAUCAUCUUGUAUUUAGUGAAGAAAAGAGGAACACUAGCUCGGAAGCGAGAACUUCGAGCAAUGUUGGAAAGACAAGAUGAAGGUUAUGAAGAUGAUGCCUUCGACGGAACGCCAUUUAAAAACAGAAAACCUCUAUUGAAGGUAUUGUACAGUCACAGCUUUUUUGAAAAAGACUCAUAACUUUUUUCCUGUUUUUAUUUCACGAAACAUUGAAAUCCAAAGAUCUGAUUCAUGAAUCAUGGUUUAUCACCUCGACGCCUCAUAAUUUUAAUAAAUUAGUGUAGCCUCACUACCUAGCCGUUUACUCAGUAUUAGCUAUUUUAAACCGGGCAUGUUUUUGCACGCUAAUAUAAUCGCUUGCCACUUGGGCUUCUUAUAUGUGAAAAGCGCUACAAUAUAGAAAGUCUAGGCUCGUGGCAUUAAUGGAUUUUAUUCUUGCUAUACACCCUCCGGAAUUUACUUCGCCUUGGCGUUUGAGCCAGGUUCUGAAGGCACGAAAACCACAGUGCGCGAUUUUACAGCCGGCCAUCGCCUUGCCACAUGAUCCUUCUUAUUUUUAUUCUAGUGCAAAUUGUCUCCAGUUGUUCUGGAUACGAGCAUACAGAGUAUAAAUAGAGACAUCGAGUUUUAUAAGACACCGUGCAGUAAGACACCCGUUAACCGUCUACGACCCGCUGGCCCACUUUCAUCUGGAACAUCUGAGAGUGAUAUCAUGACUCCAGGUUUAUUGAACAGCGUUAACAGGUACAGUUAUUAA